AUGAAGACCGCUAUGGAGAUUAAUAGAAUAAUGAAAAAAGUUGCAUGCUUUGACUCCUCAAAUACAAAAGUAUAUGACCUUUAGGAAUGGUAUAAAGACAUACCAAAAAGAGAUAUUGGAAAAAACGAACCAUUGAUCUAUAUUUCGCCAGAUGGAAUUUUGAAAAGUAUUACUGGCUACCCAGAUUUUUAAAUAAGUAAUUUCUUCUUAAAUAAAUGUCUGUUUGCUACAUAUCAAAAGCAUUCUAAAACAUUGAUAUUUGAUCAAGAUACACUAAAAAUCAAGCAAGAAUUUGACUAUCAAAUUUUCUUCAGCUACGAUAUGUAAUACUUAGGAUAUGAUUCUUCAUUCAAUAUAUACUAAAUAAUAAAUAUCUACUCAAUGUAAAUUAUUAAGAUUGGACAACUAAUCCCUCCCGAAGGUUUUGUAUUUGAAAACAAAAAGCCACUAGUUUUACCAAAUUCGAUAGUUAUGAAUGGAAAAUAAUAAAAACCUGGAACAAAUGGAGCAAUUUUUGUAUACGAUAAACUUAGAUUUAAUCUUAUAAAUCAAUUCACAUUGAGCCAAAUUCAUGAUGAGUUUAGUUGCUUCUUUUUUUAAGAUGAUGGUCUUUUAAAAUAUUUGAACAAUAAUAGGAAAAAAUUUUACAAUUAUAAACUCUAUAACUCUAGGUUUUAUCAAGAAGACGACUUAGUUAUCAAAUAUACUAAUAGAUUCAAGUGCGAUAGAAAUUUUAUUUCAUACUUAUUCAACGAAUAAAUGAAUGUUUUUGAUAUAUCUAAAAAAAGGGAUGUUGGAGUUAUUUCUAAUAUUAUUCCUUCAGAUUAUACUACAUUUUUGUAAUUAGGCUCAUAAUAUUUAAUGGUUGGAGUAAAAAGAAAAGAACUUUACUUGGUCAAACAAAAUGAUUUUUCAGUAUUCUACAAAUUGACUAUGGAAGAUGGCUUUCAUCAUGAAUAGCACUAAGUUGUUUCCAUAACAAGCUCAGAAAUUCAAAUAGUAGCACUCUCCUUUAACGAAUUUUUUACGAAUCUUAUAAUCAAUCUUAAAGAUUAUUCAGCUAAAAUUUAAAAAGUUAAUCCAUUCGAAGGAAAAUUUGGAAAAUUGACCAGAGAUGAUAUUUAUAAACUUUUCAAAAAUGAAGAGACAGGAGAGAUACUAAUUAUUAUAGUUGCUAACAAGACCGUUUUUAAUUCUGUUUCUGAAAAAAUGGUUUAACCAAUAGUAAAAGAUGAUUAUCUUAUUACAUCUCUAAUUAAUCCAGAUAUGUAUAUAAUUUAUGAGAUAAAAAAUAGAUCAUUCACUCAAAAAAGGAUAAUUUGUCCAAUUUAUCCUGAAGAAACUUUAAAGUAUUACCCAAGAAAUAUUCAUUUUUUAAGAAAUCCAUUAGAUAGCAGCUUUGAGUUUUAUGAAUUCAGCACAAAUGAGUAAUAUCUUGAAUUAGAUGGCUUUAAGACCUUUGAUAUUGGAAUUUAUUGGAAAGAAACUCUCUAUCAUGGAAAAAUCAUAAAUUCCUCUGAUUAUCCUUAAAAAUGA